AUGGAGAACCACCAGAGACAAAACUGGUUGCAAAAUGCAAAGCCGUUCGCAGCAGUGAUAUCAAUGCAGUUUGGAUAUGCAGCAAUGGAUGUUCUAUCCAAAGCUGCAAUGAACAAAGGGAUGAGCAAUUAUGUGUUUGUCGUUUAUCGUCAUGCAGUUGCAUUCUUUGUCAUGACCCCUUUGGCAUGGUUUUUUGAGAAGAAAGUAAGGCCAAAGAUGACACUGUCAAUUUUCAUGAAGAUAGUGGUGCUGAGCUUGCUAGAGCCAGUUAUUGACCAGAAUUUGUAUUUUUUGGGGAUGAAGUACACAACAGCAACCUUUGCUGUCACCAUGACCAAUAUGCUUCCUGCCAUUACCUUUAUCUUCGCAUGCAUUCUUAGGCUUGAGAAUAUAAAAAUAAGAAACAUACGCAGCCAAGCAAAGGUGGUAGGAACAGUAGCAACUGUUGCGGGUGCCAUGAUCAUGACACUGAUUAAAGGUCCAAUUCUUUUUGGGUCACACGUAAACAAUGAUCACAGCCAGCAUGAUGGGACGAGUACUCAACAUACAAUAACGGGGUUCGUGAUGAUCACAAUUGGAUGCUUCAGUUGGGCUUCUUUCGUGAUCUUACAGGCUGUUACACUUAAAACCUACCCUGCUGCACUCUCUCUCUCUGCAUGGAUAUGCUUAAUGGGCACAAUUGAAGGUGCUGCAGUGGCUAUGAUCAUGGAAAGGGGCAAACCUUCGGUUUGGUCUCUAAAAUUUGAUAUAAGACUGCUCUGUGCUGUUUACACUGGCAUAACCUGCUCAGGAGUGGGUUAUUACUUGCAAGGAGUAGUGAUGAAAAGUAGAGGCCCAGUCUUCGUUACAGCAUUUAGUCCCCUCUGCAUGAUAAUCGUGGCUGUCAUGAGCUACUUCAUUCUGGCCGAGCAAGUUUUUCUUGGAAGAAUGAUCGGUGCCAUUGUCAUUUGUUUGGGCCUAUACGUUGUGGUGUGGGGGAAAAGCAAAGACUACAACCCACCAGACCCAAAUACUCAAGAGCCCAUAGAGGCUGAGGACAAUGCUAAGAAGGAAAAUAGCACUUGCUGCACUCGCGGAGUCACCACCAUCACCAAUUUUGGAAAUGGAAACACAGUUCCAAGUGAAGAACAAGUGUGA